AGACGGUCAUCCCGUCCGUCCGUCCGGCGACGGCCCCUCCGGACCCCCUCAUCCCGGCCCCGGAAUCUCCCCCCGACCACAAUGUUUUCCGCGUGGCGAACUCUGGCGAAGAGAGGAUGGUGGAUGUCCUUCGUCAUCCGAACGGUCCACGGCCCCGGGGGUCCAGGGCCCGGCGAGGGGGUCCCGGGCUCCCCCCCGCCCCCCACGAGGCGCAGCCACCCCCUGCCCUACGAGGCUCUGCGGCGGGACCUCCGGCCCGAAGAGCGGGAGCUCAAGGAGAAGGAGAAGGGGGCCUGGACCCGGCUCAGCAACGACGAGAAAGUCGCCCUGUAUCGCCUACAGUUCCCGCAGACCCUGGCGGAGGCGAAGAGGCCGUCCGGCGAGUGGAAGGCCGUCCUCGGGGGCUUCUUCUUCUUCCUCGGCCUCACGGCGCUCAUGAUGGCGUGGCAGAGGGUCUACGUGUUCCCGGAGAAGCCCCCGACCCUGUCGGCCCGGUGGAAGGCCCAGCAGCUCCGCCGGACCCUCGACAUGAAGGCCAAUCCCGUCCAGGGCCUCGCCUCCAAGUGGGAUUACCGCCGCGACCAGUGGAAGAAGUGACGGGGGCCACCGGGGCCUCCCCGACCCGGGCCCGACCCUGGCCCGACCCUCUCCGCCCUCGCCAGCCUCUCCCACCCCUCCGCCGUAAAAUCCCAUCGCCUUUCCCCUCGUAAUGCCCCGAAGAAGGACGUUCUCCGUUGGGCGCUUACUAGGGGGCAGGCACCGUGAUAAUAAUAAUGAUAAUGGUAUCUGAU